CGUAAACGCGAUUCUGUAAUCUGCUGUUCCAAAGGUUUCUAGAACCGGCCGCUAAAAAUUGCCACAUAUCUACAUAACCUGCGUCUUAGUGAAGUUCAGUUACCGUUUAAAGUAUUAUCAACCAAUCAUGCCUGUACCAGCCUUGAACAAGCCAGCCCCUGCAUUCAAGGGAACAGCUGUUGUGAACGGACAAUUCAAAGAAAUCUCCCUCGCAGAUUACAAAGGACAAUAUCUAGUUCUAUUCUUCUACCCUCUGGACUUCACGUUCGUGUGCCCAACCGAAAUUAUCGCAUUCAGCGAACGCAUGGAGGAUUUCAAAAAAGUCAAGACCAACGUGAUUGCCUGCUCUACCGACUCCCAAUUCAGUCACUUGGCCUGGAUUAACACCCCACGUAAACAAGGAGGUUUAGGCGAAAUGAAGAUUCCCCUAUUGGCUGAUAAGUCAUGCAAAAUCGCCAGAGAUUACGGAGUACUGGAUGAAGAAUCCGGCAUCCCAUUCAGAGGUCUUUUCAUCAUUGACCCCAAAGGCACACUGAGACAAGUAACCAUUAACGAUUUGCCAGUCGGUAGGUCAGUCGAUGAAACUUUGCGACUCGUCGAAGCUUUCCAAUUCACUGACGAGCACGGUGAAGUUUGCCCAGCCAACUGGAAACCCGGACAGAAAACAAUGAAGGCCGAUCCUAACGGCAGUCUCGAGUACUUCAAAUCGGCCAACUAAGUUUUUUAUACCCCCCAAAACAAUAGCAAUAGGUUACAAUAACAAUUUACUUCCUUUACAUUUAUUUAUACUCUUUUUAUGUAGUUGCAUUGUGUUUUGUUAAGUAAAAUUAAUUUAAGUUCUCAAUUUUUUGUGAUACACAUUUGAAAAUUUUUGUUAGUUUUAAUAUCUGGUUUUAUUAAAAAGUAUUUUAUUUU